UUUCUGUUAACAAUUUCUUAAAAGACUUUUUGUUCGCAGCUCGUAACCGUGUGUAAUGAUGUGUUUACAGACCCGUGAUUCUGCACAGUCCGUGGAAUAAGUGUGUCAGUGGGCUGGAACACGACCUGAGUGAGGCGGCUUCGUGUAUAGACGAUCUGUGCAGCAGUCCGUGCGGAGCAGAGUAACUGUCGGGGAAGAUUCCCGGGUCCGUGAGUGAAUCCGGGAAAGUUUUACACACGGACAUGGCGUCAGGCCUGUGUUCUGCUGCCGUGUUGGCUCUGUUUGUGAUCCUGUCCCCUUGUGUAUCCGCAGGGGACGACUGCCUGGCUUACAGUGGUAAGGAAGCCAAGGAAUGCCAUAGAGGCUUUUGCUGUGGGGACUGCAACAGCAGAUAUUGUUGUUUAGAUCCGUCAAAACGCUUUGAUGAAGAAGAGUGCAGCAAAGAUCCUGAAAAAAAUUUUCAGGAUCAGUUAACUGCUUUCAACAACAAAACAUUACUCAUUCUCAUUGUUGGCAUGAGCAUCAUCCCCUUUGUAUUCCUCAUCUUCUGCUGCUGCGUCUGCCCCAGCUGCUGCCUGUACAAGCUGUGCAACAAACGUGAGGCCACUACCCAGGUCACAAUGGUCAGCAACACUCCUCAGCAUCCAACGGCAGCACCUGGGCCCCCUGAAUCCUACCAGGAAAUGCCCCACCAUCUACCCCAGCCUGGCUACCCAGCUCAGCCCAUCCUCACACUGCCCUACCAUGGACAGUCAUUCACAGUUGGACCACCGCCAUCUUAUCAGGAAGCCAUCAGUCCUGCCUAUCCUCCGAUGCCUUAUGGCCAGGCUGCGUUCAUGCCCCGGCAGCCAGCAUACCCCCAGCCACCGUGCCCCCAGCCGAAGCCCAGUGCUCCACCUGCAACUCCAGACUUUCUUGCUCAGCCUGCAUAUAAUCCAGGUUUUGCUUCAUCACCACACUAGGCUGGAUCGUGGACAUCAGUACAGCCCCAGGAAGUGCUUUGAGCCUUUUUCCCUGUACUCGCAUGUAAGUCACGUUACAUGGGAACAAAGUGCAAUAUUUAUCAUUUCAGGAAUACAUAUAUAUUAGUUUAGCCUUAAUGUUGCUUUCACUGAUAUAUGGCAGUGACCUGUGUCAUGUAACUUCAUGCUCAUAUCAAGCUUGGUGGUCUCCCCUCUUUUAAACUUGGAUAGUGUUACUGAGUCCAUGUUAUGAUUUCCUCUACAGAACUGUGCUAAGUGAUAACAGAUAUUGAUUUUUUUUUUUCCUUUGUGCUUUUGUGUAAAGCAAUUUUUCCGGCUUAUCUCACUAUUUAAAUUCUAUUAUGGAAAAUGCAGUGCCUUUAGACAACUAUUGUGAUUUCCUGCAAAUAUGACUUUCUUUGAUGAUUUAAUUGACUAGUUUUACAUUGAGAAGUUUGAAUUGUUAAUUUGCUGACUCUGUCUUUUCCCGAGUGUUCCGUUUCCUGUUCUAAAACACUCUCUAAAUCUUUUAGCGAUGUUCCAGUAAUGAUUCAGUUUUACAUAAAGUCCCAGCUUUGUUAAAAACAGGACUGAGCCAAAAUGCACUGCGAGGUUUACCAAAGGAGUCUUUUAUGUUCAGUGAACUAAACAUCAACUUGAUUGACGCGUGUUAAAUAUGAGAAAGACUUGUGCCUACAAAAAGCAUGCAUGGAACUUAAAAGAAAAAUAUUUUAAAGCAUUUUAUCUCAUUUUAUUCUAUUUAUUGAUCCAUUUGAGUCACAAAAUGUUGUCACAUUUACUCGGCUAUCUUAAUAACAGCUUCACUCAAAUGAGCCUUGAUGUUUUGCAGCGUGCAGUUUUUUUAAAUGCUGCCAUCGAACCUGUUAAAUGUUAUUAGAACACGAAUAUUUCUUUUUUUUGUUGUUAUUGUUUAAAGUGCCCCGUACGAGUGAGGGUUUGUUCGUGUGUUGUUUCACUGUUGUUAUGGAAAAAGAGCCAUCACUUCCGCUUUCUGUUGACUGAAGUUACUUGAACAUCAUUUACAGAUGUGACCUUUUUCUUGUGCAUCUGCUGACCCAGCAGUACAGUCACAAACUCGUGUGCCAGUUUACAUUUUGAUGUUCUGUGAAAAUCUCAUCAUCUUUCUUUGUUUAGACUCUUACAUUUCAGUGUCGCUUCUCUGUAGACACCAUCUGCCAGUUAAUGAAAGGGAUGCAAGGUCACAUGUUUGUAGUUUAGACCAUUGAUGUAAGAAGUAUUUUAAUCCAAAAACACUUUGUAGUAUGCUUUCCUUUUGUCUAAACUGUGUAUGUAGGAAUACUGUUUAUUUGUUUUUUUAUAUAUUUUUGGUUAGUCAUAUUUCAAUUUUGUGGAGAAAAAAUACUUUAUUGUGAUGUUCAUUAAAGUGUAUGUUUUCUUUUUUC